AUGGGCGAACCCACAUCAGUGACUUUGUCGACACCCAGGCCUGGGACCGAGGAACCCAUCAACUAUGGCCCCCCACAAGAAGGCAUCUUUAAGCACAUCUCGAGGAUCAUUCCGUACUUUCGCGACCCUAGAAAUGUCCUAGUCUUCAAACUAGACGUCAUGCUGCUUGCAUGGAUGUUCCUGGCAGGCAUCAUGAAGGAAAUGGAUCAGUCUGCCACAACCCAAGCCUACGUCUCCGGCAUGAGAGAGUCCCUCAGCCUAUACGGCAAUGAGCUUGUCGAAUUCAAUACCUUUUUCUCAAUUGGGUAUGCUCUGGGCUUGGUACCUGGCCAGUUGAUACAGACAAGAUUCCGCCCCUCAAUGUUCCUUCCAUUCUGUGAGAUGAGCUGGGGGCUGCUGGUACUCUUCACAUACAAAGCCCCGAAUGCGCAAACGAUCUUCGGUCUCCGGUUCUUCCUCGGACUGUUCUCAUCUGCCUUCUGGCCAAGCGUCGUCGCCCUCAUAUUCAACUGGUACACCCCCGCCGAGCUCGCCGUCCGAGUCGCCUGCUUCACAGUGUGUGACGUUGCCGGCGCGAUGUUCCUCGGUGCUCUGCAAGCAGCUCUGUUUCGCGACAUGAACGGUGUUCAUGGCCUCGCUGGCUGGCAGUGGCUCUUCAUCAUCGCCGGCUCCGUCACAGUGGGCCAGGGCCUCAUAGCCUUCGUCACCGUGCCCGACUCGCCAGCGAAUACGCGCGCCAUCUAUCUCACUGAGAACGAGAAACGCCUGGCUCGUGAGAGGAUGGGAAACUCUGGCGUCAACACAUCCAAGCGCAUUCCGGCAUCCGUACUCCGCCAAAAGCUGCGAAAGCUUAUCGUUCAUCCAGUCACGUACUUCUACCUCUUCUCUUUUGCCUUUGGGGCUUGGGCUCAUAGGGCAAAUUCCUACUUUGUCCUGUACCUCGAAAGCAUCAAAGACUCAGCCGGCAACCGCGUUUAUGACACGUACCAGGUCAACAUCCUGCCCUUGGGUGGGUACGCCUUGCAAAUUGUCACCAAUAUUGGUCUCAACUGGCUUUCCGACUGGAAGCGUUGGCGUUGGCAGAUAAGCAUUUUCUCUGCCGCAGCUCACGGCAUCUGUCUAUCAGUCUUAUGUGGGUGGCCGUCUGAUCACAAAGUCAUCCUUGCGUUUUACUUCCUCACGUAUGGCACCAACGCCGGUGGCCCAUCGCUCAUAGCAUGGAUGGCUGAGAUACUCCGAAAGGAGCCCGAGGCUCGUUCCAUUAUCGUGGCCUUGACUGUCACAGUGGUCUACAUUGGUCAUGCGACUAUACCCCUGGGCGCCUUCCGCGUCGCAGACGCUCCAAGAUACCCUAUCGGAUUUCCUCUUACAACUGCGUUCACCGUGGCUACAAUUCUGACACAGCUUGGUAUGUUGUGGUGGGAUAGGCGGCAUCCACAGAUGGCAGAGUACGGAUAUGAGCUAGCCAUCAGUGCCCAAGGUUUUUCGGACGAGGAGAACGCCAAAGUUGCUGAAUCGGAAGCUCCUGUUGAUGGAGGUAACGAUAGGUCAGCUCAGAUCUCGGGUACGAAAGAGCUGUAG